AUGGACAAGCUCUUCCUUUGCCAGUCCUGUAUGAAACUAUGCGACAAGUUGACAACGUACAGGGGGAAUGCCAUAGCACAUGUUGAAAGAGUGACUACAGAAUCUUGUCGAGCUAAAAGAUGUGCCAAUACACCAGUUGAGACUCUGCAAACACUGUCUAGGAGUCCAAGUGCUGCUGAAAGUAUUACCCUCUCUGUCGAGAAACUGAAACUCUCAGAUGGAACAGAUCAAUUCAGAAGCAAGAGUGCCACUGCUCAAAAAGCAAGACAGAGCAUACAGUUUCAGGACCAUUCCUAUGCAGUGAAAAAUAAGUCCAGAAGUCCAAGUGCUGCAGAAACUAUUAUCCACUCUGUUGAGAAACUGCAACUAUCAGAUGAUAGAGAUAAAAGCAGAAGCAGUAGUGCCACGGCCCCAACAGCAAAAAGGAGCAUUCUAGGCGAUGAUAGCAACUGCAGCAACAAUAUAUGGUAUGAUUCUGCACUGUCGAAACAAACAAGUGUCUGGUUUACAACGACUGCUGACUACAGUGUGUAUACGAUACAAUGCAGACAACAAGAUGAUUGUGCCCUCAACAACAAUGACAACGGUACAUCAAUUUUGCUUCUGACGCAUCUCAAUAAAGUACACCUCACGUUGAGUGAAGAGUCGAAGAGAAAACUUAUCCAGGAUUUUGGCGAUAAGUCAGAAAAUUCUAUCAUCAGUGCCAUCGCAGAAGGACAUGAUGGAAAAUUAAAUGGUGACAACCUUGAUAUAAGAGUCAAUACUAUUAAUGACAUGAGAAUGGAUGUUACCAGUAGGAACAAGGACUAUCAUUUUUUCGCUACAGACUUUACCCUUGACAGAGUAAACUUAGACCAUUUAAGUAAGGUUACUCCUAAUGUUGAGGCAGUACAAGCUCGAUGCUUUUUGCCGAAUGAUGAGGAACAACACUACUACAAAAAGAGCCUUAAAAUACUCCUUGGACGUGAGCUCCAGAAGCUUGAUGGUUUCAAAUGGAUGUCUAGUCUCAUCCCAGCACAUAUUCCACACCCACUAGAUGAAGAGAUGAAAAAAAAGUCUGACAUUUUCAUUCUUCCAGUGUCUCUGAACAAUGAGACGACAUAUUCAGAUUGCGUCAAGAUUAUGGAUGAAUGUUCUGGCUCAAUCAACAGAUGGUAUACGAAAGCUGGAAGAGUUGGAGAUUUAGACGAGUUGAAGGUACCAUUUGGGGGUGACCAGCUGACACGUGUCCGGCUGCAGGGGGCCAAGUCACUACGUGCAGGUGCCCAUACAGCAACUGAGCGUUUUGAUCAUCUGCACCCUAUCAUUGUGGAGCUCUUUCAUACUCUCCAAGACUUCUUAGUGAAAAUGGCGAAAAAGUUCCUGAACCUCCAGUGUGGACGCGACCAAGGUACAUUGGGUAACAUGAAAAUUCAGAUCCAGAGAUCCAAUGUCAAUGGAAAUGUGAAAAGUCGCUAUAAGGCACAUGAAGACUUUGUUGUAACGUGUGGGCUGAGUUACUUCCUGUCAUACAUAAUGCACCAUUUCAACAUGGCUACAAUCACAGACAGUCGCAAGCACAACAGCAUCACUGAAGGGCUAUCAAACUGGACAAAUGUGAACAAAAUGAAGGUCUUCAAUACAUUAAUGGAGGAGAUACUUACUGAUCUUUAUAUUCCAUUUGAUGUCCAGGGAAUGGAACAAGAUGACAGUCAUGAAGUUGAAGUCACUAUCCAGGAACAUGAAACACUGCAAUGCUAUCAGUAUACAGCAAAUGUUACAGAUGGGAAAAAUGUUAACAUUCCACUGAACAUAAAUGGUUGUGACUUAGUUGUUGUGACGAAUUUGGAAUCUUUGAAGAAAGGAUGUUCAUUGAAAGUAGUUAAUACAGAGAUAAAUGUUAUGUUGAAAAUGGUUGAAAAGAAUGAUGAUCUAUUGAAUUAUGUCAAGAAUUUUCUUCAAUGGUUUUUCAUCAUUGUACAAAUGAAAGAUGCAGUUCGUGAGGGUGAUGUUAAACGGAUCAGUAUUGUUCUUAAAAACAUGAUUCCAUUUUUUUACAGUCAUUCAAGGUUGUCCAAAUAUCUAACAGAAUGCAUAGAUUACAUCCUUAAGACAGAGCAUACAUUGUCUCCAUAUAUGUCACUCAAGGUACAAGCAGGAUCUGUUGUAAAUCCAAAAGGUAGGCCUGGUAAAAACAAGGCUGCAGAUAUUCAAAAGGAAAAUGAAGUCAAAUUAUUGAAAACACUUAUCCGUUCUCUUGGUGCAAACAAAACUGAGAAAUCGAUAGUUGCAAUUACUAAAGCAGCACCGGAAAUAUUUCGAAUAACGGAAAACUUUGAGAGUAUGAUCAAAUUAAAGGCUGUAAAAAGUUCUCACAAGGCUAAGUCAAUGGCGGAUGACAUACAGAUUCUGCUUGGGAAAAUAAAUCCGUUAGAUAUUUGGACACCUCACCAUGAUCGUCAGUUACAACAGAAAGUCCCAAGGUCACCAUUUGCUUUUGACAAAGCAGGCUUGAUAUAUAUAAUUGAGAUUACUGUCAAGCGACUGCUCCGAGAUUUGCCUGUCAAUAACGAUGAAGACGAGGAAAAUGAAGAUGAAUAAAAUAAUUGU